AUUUCCACGAAACUUGCUUCUGCAGGCUAAACCAAAACCAAACGCCUAAGUCUCUAUCUCUUUUUUCAUUCCUAUCUUCUUCUCCAUCUCGAAUUUUCUCUCUCUACGAAAACCCUUACUUUCUCUCUCUACACUUGCGAUCAUUUCCAAUAUGGCGACUGGAUCAUCGGGUCGGGGCAACCCGGUGUCACAGGGAUUCGAUUUCGGGUCGGACGACAUUCUCUGCUCCUACGAGGACUACGGCAACCAGGACUCCUCCAAUGGCAACCACAGCGAACCAGUCAUGGGGAAUAAUCCCGGGAAGGAUUUUCAUAAAAGUAGAAUGUCGAGACAAUCAAUGUUCUCUUCUCCUGCCUAUAGCCAGCCGGAAGAAUCUCUUCACCAGGAUGUAAUUGCUACUGUCGAAAAGAGCAUGAAAAAGUAUGCCGACAAUCUCAUGCGCUUUCUUGAAGGAAUUAGUUCACGGCUUUCGCAGCUGGAAUUGUAUUGCUACAAUCUUGAUAAGUCAAUUGGUGAGAUGCGGUCUGAUUUAGGUCGUGAUCAUGAAGAAGCAGAUUCAAAGCUCAAGUCUCUUGAGAAACAUCUUCAAGAAGUCCAUAGGUCUGUCCAGAUCCUAAGGGACAAGCAAGAACUUGCGGAGACUCAGAAAGAAUUAGCUAAGCUUCAGCUUGCACAGAAAGGAUCUGGAUCAUCAAUCCAUUCCCAAUCCAAUGAGGAGAGAGCUUCACCACAUACCUCUGAUGCUCAAAAGGCUGACAACCCGUCUGAAACACAUAACCAGCAAUUAGCUCUAGCCCUGCCCCAUCAAGUGGCACCACAGCAGCAGCCUGUGGCAGCUCCCACGCAGCCCCCACCUCAGAAUGUGACUCAGCAACAAUCAUAUUAUUUACCAACCCAGCUACAAAAUCCACCACCUCAAGCACAUCCACAGAAUCAAUAUUUGCCUCCUGAUUCUCAGUAUCGAAACCCCCAAGUGCAAGAAAUGCCAAGGGUGACACCACAGCCAACACAAUCGCAAUUGAAUCAGACACAAGUCCAGUCGUUCCCUCAGUAUCAGCAGCAAUUACCACAGAGUCAGCAGGUGCAAUUUCCACAACAGCCCUCUAUGCAACCCCAGAUGAGGCCACCACCAACAAAUGUCUACCCCUAUCCGCCUGGUCAACAAACAAACCCAUCUCCUCCAGAGUCUGCACCAAACAGUAUGCCGAUGCAAGUGCCAUAUUCCAACAUUCCUCAACCAGGAUCUGGUCGUUCUGAUCCCAUGCCUUUUGGAUAUGGUGGAGCUGGUCGAACAAUGCAACAGCAGCCUCCACCUCAGCAAAUCAAGGGGGCUUUUGGAGCUCAACCUGGUGAGGGAUAUGGUGCUGCUGGCCCUCAUCCUGCACUUCCUCCUGGGAGUACAUAUAUGGUCUAUGACAGUGAAGGGGGUAGAACUCAAUAUUCUGCCCAUUAUGGAUAUCCUCCUACGAGUAUCUCUCACCAUACGCCACAGCCAACAACGGCUCCAAAUCUUAUGGCUCGGAAUCCACAAUUCCCGCACAACCACCCUUACAAUGAGUUGAUUGAGAAAUUGGUUCCCAUGGGGUUCAGGAGUGAUCACGUUGCGAGUGUGAUUCAGAGGAUGGAAGAAAGUGGUCAACCCGUUGAUUUUAAUGCAGUGAUUGACAGGUUGAAUGCACAUCCAUCUGGGGUUCCUCAGAGAGGAUGGUCAGGGUAAAAGAAUUACUUAACUAUCUACCUUCGAAUUGGGUGACCGUUAUGCGUGUGUUUUAUUAUUACGCAUUGAAUAAAGGCUUAUAUGAUGUGUAUGGUGUCCUCAUAUAUAUGGUUUGAGAGAUGCUAAGGUUUCUGUAUAUUUGUAAACCUAAUUCCUAGACUAAUGGCGCUUUUAUGCCAUACUUGGCUGUCUAGCAACAGAAACACUUUGAGUUAGAUCUCUCUCUCCGCUCUCGUCCAAGACUUUAGGGGUUGUUUUAUGUCAUGCUCUGAUGUCUAACAAAAUUAAUUUCCUUUA